GAGGUUUGACAGUGUUUCUCUGUUAGCUCUGUUACUGACACCUUGUGGCCAUUAUGUGAAGCUGUUGAUAUGUUUUCUACUUUCCAAAACGGUAGGCAAUUUUUACAUUUGAAGAUGAACAGUUAAGACAGCAUCAGUGCAACUGCCUUUAAAUGUGUUGUCAGUAAAGUAUUGGCUGUAAAAUCACCCAAAACCUGGAACAAUGUUUAAAGUUCUUGUAACAAAGAUGUAGUCGGAAUAGGCCUAUAUUUGUAUACACAACAUUCACAGUAUCGAAGAACUGGUGCCUCGGUCCGCUGAAUAUUUAGUAAACACAAAAGCACCAAUAAAGCGAAGGAAACAAGUGCACAGAAGCAGAGACUUGACAGAACAUUCAUGGAGCUGCUGGGAAACAUUCAAAGUACAAUGAUGACAAGACACCAAAAGGCUGAGGUAAUGAUUGCCGGAGAACAGCUAAGAUUGCGACUACAUGAUAGCAAGUUGAUGAAGGACCGCAGACACCACUUGCGAACGUACCCAAAUUGUUUUGUGGCUCAGGAGCUUAUUGACUGGCUGAUUGCUCACAAAGAAGUGUCUGAUCGAGAGACUGCUGUCCAGCUCAUGCAGCACCUCAUGGACCAUGAUAUCAUUCAUCACGUGUGUGAUAAGUGGCCUGUGUUUAAAGACGCCAAAUACUUGUACAGAUUUAAAAAGGAUGAUGGCACAUUUCCUUUCAACAUAGAGGUUAAGAUCUUCAUGCGUGGACAGAGGCUGUGUGAACAUCUGAUUACCAGCAAAGACUCUGACAUUUUACAGCUGAGACAGGAAAAGGGAGUGGCUUAUGAACGUUCUUUCCCUGGUUACAUGUUAAUUGAUUGGCUGCUACAGAACGGUGAAAUAGAGAGUCGACGGCAAGGACUGGAUCUCUGCAAGGCCCUACUAGAGCAUGGUAUCAUUCAGCAUGUCUCUCUGAAGCACCACUUCUUUGACAGCGGGCUGCUGUAUCAAUUCUGCAUUAACUUUCGCCGGCGGCGCCGUCUUUCUGAACUGUUGCAUGAGACAGAGAAUGAAGAGGUUGAAUGUGUAACACACCAAAGCCAAGAAGACCAGGCUGAAAGUCCCUUUACAGUCCACAAAACCCCUCCACCUGAAGGCAACAGUGACUUCUUAUGUGUUCAACCUACUUUGGAUGGACGAUGUGGAAGUUUGACCCACCAGCAGCAUAGUUCACAUGGAUACCCACUCACUGCUUCUCUUACCGCUGCUCUUGCAGUACGAUGCAAUCCCACAUCAGUGCUGAAAAGACAUGUAACCUGUGAGGAGCUGUUAUCUCCUGGUGCUCCGUUUGUAAAAAGAGUUCUUACGAUCCUCGGUGAUGCCCUAGGCUGGGGCUUUGUAGUACGCGGAAAAUCACCUUGUUAUGUUCAGGCUGUGGAUCCUGCAAGCCCUGCUGCGGCAGCAGGAAUUAAGGUUCGCCAGUUUGUGUGCCGAGUGAAUGGACGCAGUGUGCUUCACCUGGACUAUCAUACUCUUUCAAAGCUGGUGAUGACUGGACCCCAUGUUGUUACUUUGGAGGUCAUGGAACCACUGGAUUAAUUCAGUAUUGGUAUAAUUAAAUAAAUAUCAUAGUAGGUGAAGGAUGUGCAUUUUUUUUCUCCAUAUACCAUGUACAUCUUCUUGUAUGUUUAGUAACAUAACAUAAUUAAAAAAUAUGAAUUUGGGGUUUAAAUAGAAACAUUAGCAAUGAUCAUACUGAUCUAGCUUGAUGUCUACUUAAAGUUUUGGCUCUGGAUGAGAAGGGGUGUAAGCACUAUACACAAUUUAGAGAGACAUGUCCCCCCGUAUUUAUAUUAGUGGUCAUCCAUAGUAUAAAUUUAUUAAAUACUUGAUUUUUUUCUGAAAUGGUGUUAAUCUUCAUCGCUCAAAAUGUGACGAAAUAUCAGCUGUGGGUAUAACACUGUUAUACUAACAUGUUUGACAAAAUAACCAAGGCAUUUCAAUAAAAGUGAUGAAAAUGACAGUAACCACUAGAGCACAAAAGAAUGUUACACCUAACAUUUUGGAAGAUUACAGCUGUCAAAAAUUAGUAGGAAUUGUAGGACACAGGAUAUCGCUAGUUUCUCACACUGCGCUGGUGUCAUCUCUUCCAUAGCUCAGUAACUGUAGUGGGUUUCUUAAACAUAAUAUUAUUGUUAAGGAUUUCCCAGAGAUUUUCAGUUGGGUUUAGAUCUCUGAGACGGCCAUUUCAUUAUUUCAAUGUUCUUGGCUUCAAGGAAAUGCUUCUCCUGUUUUGCAGUGUGAAGGAGGCUUUGUCUUGCAUGAAAAUUGCCGGCUGAUUGGGAGAUGCUUGCAGGGAACACACUGCAUGUUGUUGAAGGAGGUUCUGAUAAACAUUUGCAUUCAUCUUGCCAUGUAGCUAUAAGAGGCCCAACUCCCGCUGCACAAAACAUCCCCCAAAGCAUAAGAGCUCCUCCUCCACCUUUCACUGACUUCUUUACGAACUCGGGGUUCAGUCUUUCCCCAGUUUGACACAGUACAUAAUGUUUCCCAUGUUACCAAAAUAAAUUAAA